UUAUCUUGUCCAAACAAAAACCUUCUCAAACUUCAUAAACACCAAAACCCCACUUUGCUCCUUGUCCCAUUACCAUUUCUCUCUCUCUCCAAUCAGGUGUGAGAUCCAAGGUGGGUGAAAUCUCACCAGGCUUUUCGUCCUUACGUGAAGAACUGAGCUCUGUUAGGGUUUUUCUGAUUGAAGUCAUACAGAAGCGUAUAUAUAUAUAUAUAAACAUUCAAAUGGAGAAAGACGAGAACUACUCGGCCAUCCAAGAUAAUCACGCUUUCAAUGAACAACAUCAGCAUCACCAUCAGUUCGUAAGAUCACGAGUCGUCGAAAUCCCAUUACACCACGACGGUGGCAGCGGUGACAAUAAUGGAAUGGUGGAUUACAUGCUGAAUCACCCUCCUCAACAAGGCCAUCAACAAUUGAUAUCUCCGCUCGGGUUCUCUGGCUCUGGCUCUCUUGACAAGUUGAGCUUUGCAGAUGUGAUGCAAUUCGCGGACUUUGGGCCCAAGUUGGCCCUCAACCAAGCGAGCCACAACUCCGAGGAUGAAGCCGGGAUUGACCCGGUUUGCUUUCUCAAGUUUCCAGUUUUGAAUGACAAUAACGAAGAAAGAAGAAUCGACGACGAGGAUGGAGUUAGGGAGGAUCGAGAAGCUGCUCGGUUUCCCGAUAAUGCUUCUGUGCAAUUGCAUUUUCUCGGGGAAGAUUUGCAAAGCAACAAGAGUUCCGUGGCGGCAGAGGCCAGCAAGAGCAAGAGGAAGCGGCCACGGACUACCAAGACAAGCGAGGAAGUUGAGAGCCAGCGGAUGACUCAUAUAGCUGUGGAGAGAAAUAGGAGAAGGCAAAUGAACGAGCAUCUCCGAGUUCUGAGGUCUCUCAUGCCAGGCUCUUACGUACAAAGGGGAGAUCAAGCUUCUAUCAUUGGAGGCGCCAUUGAAUUCGUGAGGGAGCUGGAGCAACUCCUCCAGUGCCUCGAGUCUCAGAAGCGGCGGCGGCUCUACGGGGAUGGCGGCGGGCCGCCACCCUCUCUCCCUGUGCAACAGCCACCUCACCAGCCGCAGCAGCCCCAGUUCUUUCCCCCACUGCCCGGCCUCCCCAACGACCCAAUAAAGCUCCCAGACUUCGACACCGGGCUCCAUGAGGAGACGGCAGAGAGCAAGUCGUGCAUUGCCGAUGUGGAGGUCAAGCUCCUAGGGUUCGACGCCAUGAUCAAGAUACUGUCAAGAAGGAGGCCUGGGCAGCUCAUCAAGAUCAUUGCAGCUAUAGAGGACCUCCAACUCAAUAUCCUUCACACAAAUAUAACCACCAUUGAACAGACCGUCCUCUAUUCAUUUAAUGUUAAGGUUGCGGGUGAAGCGAGAUUCACAGCAGAAGACAUAGCGAGUUCGGUUCAGCAGAUAUUCGGAUUCAUCCAUGCAAAUAGCGCGAUGUGAUUAUGAUAAUAAAUCAACUAGUAAGAGAGAGAGUUGACAUAUUGAACGUUGCAUUACAUAAUGUAGUUUUUUUCUUUUGAUGUUAGAAAAAUACUAGGGUAUUACAUUCUUGUACUGGCCACAAAAAAAAUAAUUACCUAUUUUCCCUUUUAAUAUACUGCACUUAUCGUUUGAAAUAAUUACAGGCUGAGACACAUACAUUCUUUGUGAGUAAAUUUUCAUUGCAUUGUACCAUAA